AUGAUCCCCUCCAAGGAGAAGGCCAGGGCCCCCAAGGACAGCAUGACACUCCUGCCCUGCUUCUACUUUGUGGAGCUGCCCAUUGUGGCCUCCUCUGUCGUGACACUCUAUUUCCUGGAGCUGACGGAUCUCUUCAAGCCAGCCAAGGUGGGUUUCCAGUGCCACGACCGGGCGCUCUCCAUGCCCUAUGUGGAGACCAACGAGGAGCUCAUCCCGCUGCUGAUGCUGCUCAGCUUGGCCUUCGCCGCGCCCGCUGCCUCGAUCAUGGUCGGGGAGGGCAUCGUGUACUGCCUGCAGUCCAGGCUGAAGGGCCGUGCUGGGGCCGAGGGCAGCAUUAACGCUGGUGGCUGCAACUUCAACUCCUUCCUGCGCCGGACUGUAAGGUUUGUGGGUGUCCACGUGUUUGGGCUCUGUGCCACGGCCCUGGUGACAGAUGUCAUCCAGCUGGCCACCGGCUACCACGCUCCCUUCUUCCUGACUGUCUGCAAGCCCAACUACACGCUGCUGGGCACCCCCUGUGACACCAACCCCUACAUCACCCAGGACAUCUGUGCAGGCACUGACAAGCACGCCAUCCUGUCUGCCAGGAAGACUUUCCCAUCCCAGCACGCGACGCUCUCAGCUUUCGCUGCCGUUUACGUGUCGAUGUAUUUCAAUUCCAUCAUCUCGGACAGCACCAAACUCCUCAAGCCCAUCCUGGUCUUUGCCUUUGCCAUUGCUGCCGGCAUCUGUGGCCUGACACAGAUCACCCAGUACCGCAGCCACCCCACUGAUGUCUACGUGGGAUUCUUGAUCGGCUCUGGCAUCGCUGCCUACCUGGCUUUCCAUGCUGUUGGCAACUUCCGUGCCCCAAUGGAGAAGGUCCCAGUGACAGCGCCAGCCAAGGACGCGCUGCGGGCGCUGACACAGCGCGGCCACGACUCCGUCUACCACCAGAACAAGUCUGUGAGCACUGACGAGCUGACGGCCGUGCGGCCCAGGUGGGUGAUGGUGGCAGAAAAGGGGGGUGUGCAGCGGGUGGCCAACCCCCCGCGCCUGAUGCAGGUCAUUGCCAUGUCCAAGCAGCAGAGCAUUGUCUCUGUCACCCCCAAGCACUCGGAGACGUCCUCGUCCUCCACCAGCUCCGACUCCUCGCAGUACCGCUCGCCCUCGGAGCGGGACAGCUCCAGCAUCAUCACCAUCGACGCCCACGCUCCCCACCACCCCGUCGUCCACCUCUCAGCUGGCAAUGGGCCCUGGGAGUGGAAGUCGGGGCCAAAGGGGCCGGAGGGGCCAGACACCUACGAGCUGGGUGAGAUGGGGAAGGAUUUCCGUGGCUUCCACCCAGCCAAGAGCGCUGGCAUCUCCCCUGGCUCCUCCGUCAGCGACAUGGAGCAGGAUGAGCCGCGCUAUGGCAGCCUGGCUGCCAUUCCGGGGGCAGCAGGGGGCUGUGGGGACCCCCCCGAGGGGCUGCUGGGCACGGCCAGCCGUGAGUCCACACUGAGGAGGAAGCCGGUGGAGAGGGAUGGGCCGGCGGACAGCGAGGUGGACCACUACUACAAGAAGAUGCAAGCCAGUCGCAGGUUUAAGGACUGA